CCGAAAUCACUGCUAGAAAGUCAAGUAGAAUAACAAUUUUUAUUUUCCUACAUAAUUGCAUAUUUCUCCUUGUAUUUUUAUAUCUGCUUCCCUGAUUAAACUGUUAGCAAUUGGAUGUUCUAGCACUGGAGUGCUCUGUAUUCUGUCAACGCAGGGGUAAGAUUAGCACUGUUCAUUCUCACUGCCACGUUGAACAGGCACCAAGAACAUAAUGUAAUUGCAAGAAAGCCAUGAAAAGUAAGACUCCUUCUUCUAUUCAACAUUCUUUCCAGGCUCAUGGCAAUCAGUACUACUUCCACGGCGUCCUUCACCCAUUUUAGUCUAAAGUGGCCUCCCCGUGAUGAAGUGACGAUAUUCAUCUUGAGUGACCACAGGCUUUCAUCGCAACUUAACCCUCAACCUGCCACUGCCAAACGAGAGACGCUCUUUUACGAACCAUCAAUAUCCCAACUUUCUCUGCCACUCGUUACAUAUACUGAAGUCACAGAUAGUCAUGGAUCUCCCAGUGCGAACCCCUUCCUCAGAUCAAACCAUGGAGCUAUACGCAACCGGCUUCAAUGCGUGGAACCAACUCACAUUCGACCCUUCGCCAGCCGACGAAGAGCCUGACGAUGUAUUCACUUUCACAAAAGUAUUGACAGCCAAGUCUAUUGGAAGAAUUGCUUCCGAACUGAGCUACACUGUGGCUCAACAAGAUACAACUUGGGCCAUCGCUGGGUCAUCCCCUGGCCAGUUUCUUCACCGUGAGGAUAGCCAAGGACUUCUAUUCGACUUUCCAAGUGCUAUUUCAGGGGAUGGUAAGGUCCUUGUUGCUCAGGAAUCGGACUGUUCACCCUCAAAUCACGCCACUGUUCAAUAUCCGUCUUUGGCAGCAUGGAAAGCCAACAAGAAUACCGGUUCCUGGCCUUGCAAAUCUGCUGUCCGCCAGAUAAAAGCUUACGACGCUGGCUUCGUUAUUCUUCUCGAGGACGGGACCGUCCUAAGCUGCGGUGACCCACGAUUCCGAGACUGCCUCGGCCGUGAAGUGGACGAGUCCUCCCCUGCCAACGAAGCUGGAGUGAUACAAGAUCUAAGUGAUCUCGGCGAGCCUAUCAAGAAGAUUACAGCAGCGGGAUACACAGCUGCAGCUUUGACAGAGAGUGGCGGACUGUAUCUCUGGGGUAUGGCAGCCCCUGGCUCACACAGACGACACAACGUAUUUCAAGACAUCACCGAGUUGCCGAACUACUUCGAAGUUGAUGGAGACAAAGACGUGCAGGAUAUCGGACUUGGAGAAUCACAUGCCAUUGCUCUUACGACUGAUGGUUGCAUCUACAUAAUAGGGAGUAACACCAAUGGGCAAAUCGGCGUUGGGAAAGAUGUUCAAGAUCCAAUUUUAUCAUGGAAAAAGAUGGAUUUCAAGCCCCCUGAGGGCUGUGCAAUUGUUGCCGUUGAGGCUGGCCCCAGAUCAUCAUUCAUAGUCACAGAAAAGGUAAAGCAAUCUCAAAGCUCAUAAUAAGCUGCUCUUCUAUCGGAACCAGCUCUACUGAGCCCAAUGACCCUCUA